AUGUCCCUUCUUGAAGAGUCGUACGAGGCCCCCCCGCCCCAGCAGCUGCCCGCUGCGCCGCCAGCUUUGAUCCAGACGUUCUCGCAGCGGCGCCAAAUCGGCGGACGCGCCACCGAGUUACUCGUGCAGACCUUCGACGACCGCAUCCUCGUGAUUGUAACGCAGAGCGGCAAGGUCGGGUGUCUUACGCAAGCCUCCCUUCCACCCGUGCACCAGCUGCUGCCCCCGCCAUCGAGCUGCCCCAGCGACGCCCCGCUCGCAGCCCUGCCGCCCCCACCCGCCAGCAUCUCGCUCACGCCACUCCUCGGCAGCCCGCCCGAUGCCGCACUUCACGACCUGUACGUGUCUCAAAUUGCUACGCUCGUGUGGUGGGCUCUGCAGCUUGCGCAUGUUCCGCGCCGCCCUGUCGUCAUUGGCCUCGCCCUCAAGCUGGUCGGGGAGGGUGUAACGGAGCAAGAGCGCGGUCGAUUUAGCGGCGUUAUGGACAUGGUCGCUUCAUGGCCUGGCCCGCAGUAG